UGCUUUUCUCCUCGUCUCUCUCUGCGGGUGACAGAGAAUAUUACUCUGUCACUCUCUGUUCUGCGCAACAAGGUGUCUACCGCGCGACUUACUUCGCUUACCUCUCAGGUCUCUCGAUCCUGGGUCGCAUUCCAACAUCCACAUCCCUUAGCGUCGUCUGGCCCCCUUUUCCUUGGUCGCCACGCCUCAUCGAUGGCCUCGCAAUCCUUGGAAUCGUCCAAGGACGAUUUAGCCUCCCACCAGGGCGGUACCCCUCAUGCGGCUCGCGGAGCCAGCGCAACCCCGCCACCCUCGGCCUGGUUCCCACUAGGUUACAGAGAAGGCUUCAGUCAAUGGUGGUCGAGUCUGCCGGCUGCCGCAGCCGAGCAUAAGGUUCUCUCAUACUUGCCCUACCUUCAACAUGAACCCCCUACGCAUUUGCAAACCGGAAAAACAAGUAACCUCCCAAGUGGCGAACCGGGGAGCUUACAAUCGGCCGACCACAGCCAGGAGGGCGAGGUAGCGGCCAAUUCACUCAACGAUCCCUAUGGUCCUCGGAGGUGGCGCUCCAGCAUGGUCGAGCUGAGCGGCAAAAAUCGAGCUCUUAACGAAUUUUCUGUGGAGCGAAUUGGGGAGGAAGCAAACCACCACUUAGUGAUGGUUCAUGGAUAUGGAGCCGGGUUGGGCUUCUUCUACAAGAAUUUUGAACCUCUGAGCCGACUGAAAGGGUGGCAACUACAUGCGCUAGACUUGCUGGGAAUGGGCCGUAGCACACGGCCGCCGUUCCGUAUCAAGGCGAAAGACCGUGAAGAUGCUAUCAGAGAGGCGGAAGAUUGGUUUGUGGACGCCCUGGAGGAAUGGCGCGUCAAACGCAAAAUCGAUCGCUUCACUUUGCUCGGCCAUAGUUUGGGAGGUUACAUGGCGGUCGCCUAUGCCCUUAAAUAUCCUGGUCGCUUAAACAAGCUCAUCUUAGCUUCACCGGUUGGGAUUCCGGAAGACCCAUAUGCUGUGUCAGCAGAUAUGCCGUCCGAGUCCACGAUGGCCAAUGAAUUCUCCCAGGAUCAGCGCAAAAUCGCAGAGUCCGCUUCAUCAGUGCCGCCGGAGACAAUCCAGAAAGGUGACAACAACAUCCUCCUAAAAGGCCCGCCGACAAGAAGUGCUGCUUCCGAUCGGCCUCCCCGACGAAUGAUUCCCAAGUGGUUUGCCUAUCUGUGGGAGGCCAAUAUAUCUCCCUUCAGCCUGAUUCGCUGGGCGGGUCCCCUAGGCCCGCGACUUGUAUCGGGCUGGACAUCCCGACGGUUUUCUCAUUUGCCUGCGGACGAGGCCAAGGCUCUCCAUGAUUACUCAUAUUCGAUCUUUAGCCAACGGGGCAGUGGAGAGUAUGCUCUCGCCUACAUUCUCGCCCCCGGUGCCUUCGCACGCAGCCCCCUAAUCAGGCGCAUUCAGGGGGUAGGAAGACAGGUGCUUCAGAUGCCCUCAUCCUCUACGCAAGAAACUACACAGGCCAUAGAGUCGUCUAGCCAGAACUUACCGCAGCCCGACUCUACCAUAGCUUCAGGCUCGUCUCUGUCAACGUCCGCCAAGCGCGAAAAUGGUCUCCCCAUAGUCUUCAUGUAUGGCGAUCAUGACUGGAUGGAUGUUAAAGGUGGAAUGGCAGCAAAAGCCAAGCUUGACGAAGAGAAGCGCCGGGUGCUUCAAAACGCAACCCCGGAACAGCGAGAGGCGGACCACGGCUCGGCCAAGGUUGUAGUCAUCAAGAAUUCGGGCCACCAUGUGUAUCUGGAUGGAUGGGAAGAAUUUAAUAGCUUGGUUCUGUCCGAGAUGGAAGAUGUUGGUCGCAAGGAUGCAAAAUAAGAAGACAUAGACUUCUUUUCUUUCAUUAUUUUACUGUUUAUAAAGAGCGAUUCUGGAUUACUUUUGUCGGGGUACACGGUGUUAAUGGCUGCGGCAAGUGAAUAUGCAUAAUGUAUACAAUUAGACUAUGAAUACGUAUCAAGGGAUUGCUGAUCUGCUUUUGGUCUCGCUGCUUGGAUCGUGUUUGGAUAUCGCCAUCAUGUGACAGUCGGUUUGUUCCGAGUGCGAUACCGAACCAAU